GUACUUAUUUUUGGUGUUUUUCGUGUCUAUGCAUUUUGGAAAUAGUAAAAUUGAAUUAUCUAGCGGCAACCUGACAAAUUGCCGGGUGUUUGCUUGGCAUGCUGCACACAAAUAUCAGACCUUUGUUCCCGGUCAGUGGCAGCCUCUUCGUAGUCGUCUCGAGGCUCUCUCGAUGCUCUUGUCAUGUCCUCCGAACCCCUUCCAUUACAAUCAGAUUCUUGGGUGACGCCUCCAAUUGACACCCAACGCGGCCAUGCGUUCCCACAUUCAUUGACUUCUUCACAUCUCUCGAUGGCGAAUCCUAGUCAGAGUGCAGACGGGGCUGUCCUGGACAUCACAAAAAGGGAUUCGAAGCGUGAAGACACAGGCGAGGAGCUGCGAUUUGCCAGGGAAACGUCAUUCGAUGGCCCCCUUCCGAGCCCGCCGUUGACCAGGACAAAUACUAAAGAGAGUGUUGCCCAGAAGUACCAGGAGAAGACCCUGGCUGGCGAAAAGCAAGAACCGGAGUCCAGGGAGAAGGACUCCGUCUGGCAUCCACUGCAGUUUGGUGACCCUGCCGACCAUACCCAGGACACCACCGUUGUCGACUUGGGUGAUUCCAUUGUUGACGCCAAUGGCCGCCUGGUGUUCCCUGACGGGACGAGCAAAGACUUCCCCCCUCCUUCUCCUCGUGGAGCUGUUCUUCCCAUUGACACACAAAAACCACAUUCCCCGCAGCCAUGGGAGCUCGUCGAUCCUCCUUCAUCAAAUGAUCACAAGCCUUUGCAGUAUGGGACGGUGUCAAACAAGUUGAGCACCCUGCAGGGUACCUCACACCGCCGGCCUCUGAUACCUAAAUCAUCAUAUUACUUCGGACCUCCCCCUCCGGAUGCGGCGUUUGGUACGCCGCCAAUGGGUCAGAUAGGUGUUCAUCAUCCUCGCGAAGUCAUUCGGAUCGAGCGGGAUUAUACUGGCGGAGAGUUGAUUCAAUUUGCUCCGAUCUAUCCGCUGGAGCUGGAAGGACGGUUCUUGGAAUCCAUCAACGCCAUCAACGAACUGCUCAUAUCUGCGCACAGUAUUCGGCGUUCGAUGGUUGACAAUGUGCUUGCGGUCGUCACGUUGUACCUGUCAAGACUGAUCAUCACUUCGCACUACGAGAAAGAGAUGAAACGGCUCAGACUGCUCUUCGAUGAACUGAAUACCGGACUGUAUAAUCCUGCUGGCUUGAAUCUUCUUUGGCCGGACAAGGUGGCUUUUCUAUACGUGAGUUUCAUAAGUGUCUUUCCUUCCGUAUCCAGUCUGGAUAUACUUACGACAACAACAACUCAGAUGGAGAUCGAAUACUACUGAUAUCAUUCAGUUCCGCCCUUAUUUUUAUUGCUUUUUGCGGAUGCAUCUCUUACAUGCUGUAUCUGACUACUAUUAUCCGUGUUUCCGUC